UUGUCAUGGAUGGUCGCGUCCGAGGAUGGCCGCCGCUGUAAAUAAGCAAGGAGCCGCAGCACCGAUGGAGCCUUGUGUCCGGCACGUAAGGGCCACAACAGGCAAUACGGUGAAGGUUUUGGAGUGUGGAGUCUGUGAAGACGUAUUUUCACUGCAAGGAGACAAGGUGCCUCGGCUACUGCUGUGCGGUCACACUGUUUGCCAUGACUGCCUGACCCGCCUGCCUCUCCAUGGCAGGGCUGUGCGGUGUCCAUUUGACAGGCAGGCCACUGAGCUGGGGGACUCGGGUGUCUGGGGCCUGAAGAAGAACUUUGCACUGCUAGAACUUCUUGAACGGCUUCAGAACGGUGCCUCAAACCAGUCAGGGAUGUCGGAGGACGCACUGCGAGAGAUGGGAGAGUGCAUCAUACGCUGUGAUGAGGACGAAAGCCACACUGCCUCAAUGUACUGCACGGUGUGCGCCACCCAUUUAUGCGCCGAGUGCUCCCAGCUCACACACUCCACCCGCACACUGGCCAAGCACCGCCGCGUUCCUCUGGCAGAUAAGCCUCACGAGAAGACCCUGUGCCCUCAGCACCAGGUGCACGCCAUCGAGUUUGUCUGCUUGGAGGACGGCUGCCAGCCAGGCCCGCUUAUGUGCUGCGUCUGCAAGGAGUAUGGCAAGCAUCAAGGACAUAAGCACGCAGUUCUGGAGGCAGAGGCGAACCAGAUCCGUGCCUCCAUUUUGGACAUGGCUCACUGUAUCCGUACCUUCACUGAGGAAGUAUCUGAAUACUCCAGGAAGCUCGUGGGCAUCGUGCAGCAGAUUGAAGGCGGUGAACAGAUUGUGGAAGAUGGUGUAGGCAUGGCCCACACAGAACAUGUGCCGGGCACUGCAGAGAAUGCUCGAUCGUGUGUGCGGGCGUAUUUCGCCGACCUGCACGAGACGCUGUGCCGUCAGGAGGAGAUGGCGCUCAGCGUGGUAGAUGCUCAUGUGAGGGAGAGGCUGAUCUGGCUUCGGCAGCAGCAGGAGGACAUGACUAUCCUGCUGUCUCAGGUGUCCACGGCCUGCCUGCACUGUGAAAAGACUCUGCAGCAGGAUGACUGCAGGGUUGUCUUGGCAAAGCAGGAGAUAAACAGGCUGCUGGAGACUCUGCAGAAGCAGCAGCAGCAGUUCACAGAGAUGGCUGACCAUGUUCAGUUGGAUGCAGGCAUCCCAGUCACAUUCACAAAGGACAACCGUGUGCACAUUGGCCCCAAGAUGGAGAUCCGGGUAGUGACACUGGGUUUGGAUGGCGCUGGAAAAACAACCAUUCUUUUCAAAUUGAAACAGGAUGAGUUCAUGCAGCCCAUACCAACUAUAGGUUUUAAUGUAGAAACUGUUGAGUACAAAAAUCUGAAAUUCACCAUCUGGGAUGUGGGUGGAAAGCAUAAACUCCGACCCCUGUGGAAGCACUAUUAUCUGAACACACAAGCCGUGGUGUUUGUGAUCGACAGCUGCCACAGGGACAGGCUGAUGGAGGCCCACAGUGAGCUGGCCAAGCUCCUGACUGAGAAAGAGCUGAGAGACGCUCUUCUGCUUAUCUUUGCCAACAAACAGGAUGUUCCCGGGGCUGUCUCGGUGGAGGAGAUGACGGAGCUGCUGAGCCUACACAAGCUCUGCUGUGGCCGGAGCUGGCACAUUCAGGGCUGUGAUGCACGGAGUGGCAUGGGCCUCCACGAGGGCCUGGACUGGCUCUCACGCCAGCUGGUGGCUGCUGGGGUCCUGGAUGUGGCCUGAUGGGAGUGCUUGAGUGCUUCCUCUCAUUAAAGCUGAAAGGGAUAGUGUGACUAACUUACAGCAGCAUGGCUAGCACUGAAUGAAAGCUAGAGUUUAGCAGUUAGCAUGCAUGACCUCAACUUAUCGGGAGAACACCCAUUCAAGCUAUCUGUAUUACUAGCAGUGCAAUUGCAUUCGGGGGUAAACUAUACCUUUAAAGUUAAAGGAGAACUCCGGUGUAAAAUAGACUUCGGGUGUAUUAACACGUAAUAAAAUACGAAGUACUUACCUUUGUUAAAUAGCCCACCUCCGCUGUCCUGCAGCUUUCUGAGAUCCAGUAUUUUGGGCACUUUGCCCAAACAAGCUUUUAGAAUGGAUGAUUUGGGACAUAUUUUGCCCCUGCAGAUAAACCGCUUUUUCCACCGUUAUCCAGGCUCAAAGUAGCUCCACACUUCAUUGGUAGAAUCUGGAGCCCUGACAUUUAAAACAAUGAAUUUAGAACUUUACAAACUGCACAAGAAGCUUAUUAAAAAACAAUGUUUAAAGUAGGUAAAUCUCUGGGCACCGCCAUCUUAAAUUUAAGUCACCAUAAAUCAACCAAACGAAUAGGAAGGUUAGUUGAGCAAAUUGCAAAAUUAAUUCCUUGGAAAUAUAUGAAUUCCAGCUGUUGCAAAAAAUAUAUGGUUACUGUUGAUAUUAGAAUGCAAAAACCAACAACAAAUUAGAUAAACAUUGUUCAAAAAGUUUUACUAUUCGUGCUCGGCGGUUCCCUUACUGUGACUUUAAUUUAAGAUGGCGGCACCCAGAGAUUUACCUACUCUAUGGGUUGUAAACAGUGGCUUUUAAUAAUCUUCUUGUUCAGUUUUAAAAUAGUUCUAAAAAGUUCUAAAUACCUUGUUUUGAAUGUCAGGGCUCUCCAGAUACUACCAAUAAAGUGUGGAGCUACUUUGAGCCUGACUAACAGUGUAAAAAGAGAUUUAUCUGCAGAACCAAAAUAUGCCCCAUCUCACUCAUACUCUAAAAGCCUGUUUGGGCAAAAUAAACAAAAUACUGGAUCUCAGAAAGCUGUGGGAGAGCGGAGUUGGGCCAUUCAACCAAGGUAAGAAUUUUUAUCACGUUUUAAUACACCCAAUUUCCAUUUCACAUCGGUAUUCUCCUUUAAUGUAAUGUUCCCAACCUAACCAAUAUGGUCUCAUGCUGACUAGCCUUUCAUUUAUUGUUAGCUGUGUUAGUUUUGCCAAACUAUCCCUUAAAUAAACUCACUUAAAAGAGGGGUUCCGGGACCCCCCCUCUACUCACCUCUCUUACUCACUCACCCUACAACUCCUCAUAAUAAUCUUCCAUCAUUCUGCUCGUCAUUAGUCUUGACGCUUAGUGCUCUUGUGGCUUGGUGUGUUUAUAACUGGAGCUGGUUUUAUGAAUUGCUUUAAGCUAAUGAACAAAACAGUUGAACGUUAAACUAACCAUAGACCAUUUUGUUUGGUCCACAACGAUUUUUACAUUAGUUUAGAAAGACCAUGCUCUUCUUGCAAAUUUGAGAGUGUAUAUAUAUAUGCUGAGGAAUAAAUAUGCAGAGCCUUUUCAUAGGAAGCAACACGAAUAUUGAACAAAACCACCAACAAGUAAUCGAAGGAGCCUAAUAGCAUCCGUUAAAACCUGGCCAAACAUGACAGACAGUAAUUUAAGCUAACAAGUAUUUUAACAAAUCAACACUAAAAAUAAAUAUAUACAAAUAAAACAGACAGAACAAAAGUGAUCACAACGAUCAGCCAUAAUGUUAGCGACACCUCUUUGUUCCAACACUUAUUGUCCACUCAUCGUAUCAGCUGUAUUUAGUUCAUCCUGUUUUAUAAUGUUCAGUUCCUCACAGUAGAACCCCAUAUUUUUUUUAUUAUUUGAGUGGUGGAAUUUUCUCAUUCUCUGCACUGAGCAGUGACAAUAGCAUACUGGUGGUUUGUGUGGAUCAGACAGUGCAGCAGUGCUGCUGGAGGUUUUAAACACCACAGUGUCACUGCUGGACUGAGAAUCAUCAGUGGUGAAUCCACCAGCCAGAGAAAUAUCCAGUCAACACAGUCCUGAAAUAAGAACUAUUAGAAUAAUUAGUGUGUAAAAACUCCAGCAGCACGGCUGCAGUGUCUGAUCCACUUAUACAUACUGGACAGUGGUGGUCAGUCCACCAGCCAGCAAUAUCCAGUCAAGAGUCAUAAAAGAAGAACGAGAAGUGUUUAAUAGAGUGGAGGACAGUGAGUGAACCGUGUUUAAAAACUCCAGCAGCACUUCUGCACUGUCUGAUUCACUAAAGCCCUAUUCGGACGGGAUAAGUUUCUCAGGUAGAUAUCUGUGAAGAAUAUUUCACACUUUUACUCAUUGAUAAAACUCCUGCAUCUAAACUGCAAUUGAAAAAACAGGAGGACCAGUGAGUUUUUUAAAUGCUUUCUCAGUCACAUUGCAUCACAUUCAGUAGCUCCUCCAUUUUUUUUUUUUACUCACUGUUGUGUUUACAUGGAUCUCCAGUGGAAAUGUGCACCCAUAGUGUAAUUAGGGUGCAUGGCAGUAGAAAAAUAGCUAUUUUAUUAAACUCAGAGAUGUCAGUCAUGGGACUAAAAUUACAAGAGGACCACGAAGUUCAGAAAAAAACAGUAGAUAAUUCAGCCUGUAAUUUUCUCAGAGGACACCUGAGAAAAACACAUACAUGGUUGUUCCGGACAGGAAUAAAAAUCACGGAGGACCCCCCAAAAAAUUACCCCAUGAUCCAGAUGGGAAACUAAUCCCAUCUGGAUAGGGAUUAAUACAUACUGCACAAACUCAAUCCAGAUGGGAUUAGUUUGGCAUGGUUGUGAGAUAAUUUUCUCAUCCGGAAUUUUCCCAUCUGGAACGACCAUGUGUGUUUUUCUCAGACGUCCUCUGAGAAAAUUACAGGCUGAAUUAUCUACGUUUUUUCUCUGAACUCUGUGGUCCUCGGGUAAUUUUACUCCAGUGAUCCACACCUGUAUCCUCACGUUUAAUAAAAUAGCUAUUUGUCCACUGCCACGCACCAUAAUUACACUUUAGGUGCGCGUUUCCACAGAGAUCCACGUAAAAAAACACAACAGCAAGUGAAAAUGGAGGAGCUACUGAACGCGAUGCAAUGUGACUGAGAAAGCCUUUAAAAAAACUCAUUGGUCCUCCUGUUUUUUCAAUUGCAGUCAGGAGUUUUAUCACUGAGUAGAAGUGCGAAAUAUUUUCACAGAUGUCCCCCUGAGAAACUAAUGCCGUCUGGAUAGGGCUUAACAGUGUCACUGCAGUGCUGAGAAUGAGAAUAGCCCACCAGCUAAAUAUUAAUAUAUGUGCUCUAUGGUGGUUUUCUCUCCUGUGGAGUCCUGAGCAUUGAAAAAACAGGGUGAAAGAAGGAUCAAAUAUACAGUGAAACAGAUACAAAACCAGUCUUUAAUUAGUGGAAAAAGAAUAAUAAAUAAGUGUAACAAUGAGGUAGUGUUAAUAUAGUGGCAGUUCUCUAUUUAAGAAAUGUGAAGUGCCUCUACCGGAGGAACAGGUAUAUCACCAGUAGUCGGAAGUGGUGACCACUAUGUGAGUGAGUGGCCAGCAUUAAUGUAAUGGCCUCUUAAUUCUGUAACUAUAUAUCGAACUGUUUCUUUUUGUUUGUUCUUUUUAUAUGAUAUUUGAAUUUUGUUUGGAGAAAAAAAAAGUGUGAUUUAUUUAUUGCAGUUUGUGGUCUUAAAACUGGUGCAUUGGUGCAAGUGUGAAUUCACCAGGUACAGAAUUAAGUGGAGAUGUUUGUUACAUGAAAGCGUUGUUACUGGUUAUUUCUAUUUUAAAGAGCUGUAAAUGUAUUAUUUAGGUGUUUUUAGCUUGGGGCCAUGCUGGGGAAACCUGUACGUACCAUGCCUUUCAUUAACCUUCCCUGAUGUGCAGCUGGAUAAAGAAGCUUUUAGUUUGUAGAGUUCACCUGUUGUCCAGUGAAGCCACAUCCCACAUUCAUCUUUUUUUUCUCUAUACCUGACCUGAGAACAGCUGUCUGUCCUUUAAAUUAAAGCUAUCUUAAUAUUCCUGAGCCUAAAAAUAUGUUACAUUUUCCAUUGCUACAUGCACAGCUGUGACAGUACUAAAGCAGCCUCCCUCAAAGCCCUCAUUCUUUCUAAACUCGCUGUUUGACGAACCAUCCUUUGGUUGGAACCGUAUUUUUCUCAUUGCUAUGUAAUGUUUUACUGGCUGUAUUAUAGGUUUAAAGAGCAUGUGUGGUAAAGUCUUUCCCCUCAUUCUUCAAAGAGGAACCAUCGUUUGUGACAGAUUUCCUUCUAGAGUUUGAAACCUCAUCAACAAGCACAGUGCACACUUACACAUCUGUUUGUUGUGAAUUUGACUGGCUUUUUUUGUACAAAAAAAAAAAUCAUAAUUGUAAUGCUAUUAAAAAAUAAAGCUAAUAAAAAAACA